CUUUUACCUCUGCACACGUGUGAACGUGGACAUUUUAACUACUUUUAGUAUGGGUAUUGCGAGGCACGUGGUGUGCGCCGUGUCCGGCGGCGUGGACAGUUCUGUCGCUGCGCUGUUAUUGAAAAGAAGAGGUUUUAAGGUAACAGGGGUUUUUAUGAAGAACUGGGACUCACUGGACGAACAAGGGGUCUGCACUACAGACAAGGACUGUGAGGACGCAUAUAAAGUGUGUAAAACUCUGGAUAUUCCCUUUCAUCAAGUAUCUUAUGUCAAGGAGUACUGGCAUGAAGUUUUCAGUUACCUGUUGAAGGAGUAUGAAAAAGGCAGGACCCCGAACCCUGACAUUCUGUGCAACAAACACAUCAAGUUCAACCACUUCCACAGAUACGCCAUCAACACUCUGGGUGCAGAUGCGAUCGCUACAGGCCACUACGCCAGGACGUCGCAGGAAGACGAGGACGUGUUCCAGCAGGCCCCCGCAGCUCCGCCCACCACGCUCUUCAGAAAUCGGUUUGAGAGCAGAAAUGACGUGAAGUUACUUCAGGGAGCAGACCUCCUCAAGGACCAAACCUUCUUCCUCAGUCAGAUCUCCCAGGAUGCUUUGCGAAAAACCUUGUUCCCGUUGGCUGGGCUCACGAAGGAUUUUGUUAAGAAGAUGGCUGCGGAAGCAGGACUUCACCACGUUCUGCAGAGGAAAGAGAGCAUGGGUAUUUGCUUCAUCGGUGAAAGAAACUUUGAAGAUUUUAUUUUAGAAGUAAGAAAAUCAUAAUUUAAUUUUUAAUUUGUCAAUUUCCUGAAACCGAAACCAGGAAACUUUGUCUCCAUUGAGGACGAGACAGUGAAGGGAAAACACAAAGGUUGGUUCACCAUGACUCUGGGUCAGCGGGCCAGGAUUGGUGGACAGAAGGACGCCUGGUUUGUGGUGGACAAAGACGUGUCCACAGGAGACGUGUUUGUGGCUCCAAGAACCAACCACCCCGCUCUGUUCCGUGACACGCUGAGGACGGACCGCUUCCAUUGGUUGACAGUGGACCCGCCUCCUGAACUCGCCAGGACCCAGAUGAUGAAUUGUCAUUUUCGCUUCAUGCAUAGAAUGCCACUGGUUCCCUGCACGGUGACUCUGAACCUGGACGGCUCAGUGUGGAUCUCACUGUCGCAGACGGUCAGAGCUCUGACACCUGGACAGUUCGCCGUGCUCUACAGAGGUGACGAAUGUCUGGGCAGCGGGAAGAUCAUUCAGCUGGGGCCCAGCGAGUACACAGUCCAGCGGGGACGAGAGCGGCUAACGGCGGCAGCGCAGCAGAACCAGAAACCGACCACAGAACCGACCGGCUGAGGAUGACAUCACAGCGCCGCCCCCGGUGGGUUUGCAGUCUGUCGUCUGCGUAUGUUAGGUCGAGCAACACCAUCAGUGGGACAGAGGAGUCGCUCUGACCCGUGUGGGCCACAUUUGGGUUGGUGUUCAUGUUUUCAGACGUGUCUAUGACAUGACUUCUGGGCCUUGUCGUUCUGUUGGGUUUUACUCGCUGUUCUGGAAAAUAAAUUAAAUGAAUGGAGGAGUUUUAAACAUGGAAAAAAAACAAGAUCUGAAUCAGGAAAUCCUGAAUCUGCAUUUUUAGCUCAUUCCAGAUAUUUUAUGUUUUCUUCUUUGAAACAUAUAAUUCGUUCCAUAAAUUUUAGACCAGACAGAAAAACACUGUCACAUAAUUUCACCGGUGUUUUUGUGAUUCUGCUCGGCAA